AUGGACAGCUCAGAGACUGAAUCAUAUACAUCAGACAAGGUCAGCAGUCAUAGCCAACACGAUGCCACUUUGGAUGAGUUGUUCGGCCAGCUACUGGAAGAGCUACAUAAAGAAACAAGUCAAAAAACUGCUCACGAAAAGCAAGAUGAUUUCAAAAGCAUAGAAGCAUCGAUUAGGAAACUUCCCAAACUCGAAUCAAAUUUCGGCAAUGUGCCCUCCACUACAUCCUCCUCAAACUCCAAAGCGACAAAAGUAGUCAAAAUCCACGACCCAGUAGCCAGUGCAGCCGCAUCAUUAAAAGCCAAAUCUACGCAAACAGAAACCAGUGGAUCGAAAUGGUUCAACAUGUCACGGCCAGAACUCACACCUGCUAUUACACGCGACUUGCAAAUCAUCAAGCAAAGACAAGCGUUGGACCCCAAGCGCCAUUAUAAGAAGGAAAAAUGGGAUACCCCGAAAUUUUUCCAAAUGGGUACUAUUAUAGAAGGCAAUACUGGAUAUUAUAACCAGUUGAGUAGGAAGCAGAGGGGUACGAAUUUGGUUGAGGAGUUGUUGCAUGAUGAUACGACGAAAAAGUAUUUCAAAAGAAAGUAUCAUGAGAUUCAACAAGCAAAGACUAGUGGAGGAAAGAGUCAUUACAAAAAGGUCAAGAAUGAUCGUAAAAGGCAUUGA